AUGGGAGACACAGUUAUUGGAUUGAAAGGAAAGGAUUUCACCUUGUUGGCAGCUGAUACAACAGCUUCAUUCUCGAUCAUUUUGAUGAAGGAUACUGAGGACAAAAUAACAGCUGUACCAAAUCAAAAUAUUCUUAUUGCUGCUCAAGGAGAACAAGGAGAUCGUGUUCAAUUUGUCGAAUUCAUCACAAAGAAUUUGAACUUGUACCGUUUAAGAAAUGAUACAAACUUGUCAGUGAAAGCUAGUGCACACUUUGUGAGACAAGAAUUAGCUAAAGCCCUUCGUAGUGGUCCAUAUCAAACCAAUAUUAUGGUCGGAGGUGUUGAUGAUAUUGAAGGAGCUAAACCUGAAUUAUAUUAUAUCGAUUAUCUUUCAAGUAUGCAAGAAGUUAAAUAUGGAGCUCAUGGCUACGGAUCUUACUUUACAUUGUCAAUUCUUGACAAGCAUUACAAGGACGGAAUGAAUCUUAAUGAAGCAUUGAUUGUUUUAAGAAUGUGUGUUGCUGAAAUUCAAAAGAGACUUUUAUUGAACACACCAUCAUUUAUUGUAAAAGUUGUAGAUAAGUAUGGUAGCAGAGAAGUUGACUUGUUCUCAGAUCAAACACUUCCAGCUGAUGCCAUGCAAGAAUAAUUCAACAUGUUAAAUAGGAUUAAAUUUGUACACAAUUACCAAUCUCAAUAAUACGAGAAACACCCUCAAUACUUUUCUUCCACUUUCAAUAAAAAACCUUGUAU